AUGAGAAUGUUGUCAGUAAUCAGUCUCCUUGGAAUAAAAGCAGACUGGUCNACAAAUCCAACAAACCCUUUUGCACAGAAGACUUUAACAACUACCCCAAAUUUUCCCUCUCCCUUUGGUCAACCCACUACCCCCACCUUUGGUCAACCCACUACCCCAUCCUUUGGUCAACCCACUACCCCAUCCUUUGGUCAACCCACUAGCCCAUCCAUGUUUGGGUCAACUGCAUCAAAUGCCACAUCCGUUUUUGGAUCAUCCCCUAGUUUUGCAACAAGCACACAGCAGCCAUUUGGUUCAGCCCCUGCACAUGGGUCAAAUUCAGCAUUUAGCAUGGGUGGAAAUAAUAACAACAGUCAGUCAUCUCCGCUGUUCGGUUCAAACCCUUUAUUUGGACAGAGUACUACUCCUACAUUUCAACAGACUAGUUCUGCGUUUGGACUGAAUACCACUCCUACAUUUCAACAGACUAGUUCUGUGAAUGGACAGAAUACCAAUCCUGCAAAUGGACAGAGUAACAUUUUCAGUACACCUUCCACUGGCUCCGCAAAUCUGUUUUCAAGCUCUAAAUCCUUCACUACAAGCAUCUCUCCCUAUGGUCAAACAACGCCUGCUCUUUCGACACCUUACCAAUCAGUUCAGCCAACUCAACCAUCAGGUGCUUUUAGUUUCAACAACUUUGCUCAAACCCAAACAGGUGGAACGGGAAAUUUGAGCCAAAGCAACUUUAAGCAAGUGCCUGCGUUCGGUAACUCUGCUAUUAUGCAACCAACUCCUGUUACAAACCCAUUUGGAACGCUUCCUGCUUUGCCUCAGGUUUCAAUUGGUCAUGGUAGGAAUUCACCUUCCAUUCAGUAUGGAAUCUCCAGCAUGCCUGUCGUUGAUAAGCCUGCUCAUGUAAGAGUAUCUCCACUCCUGACUUCUCGACACCUUUUACAAAGGCGGGUCAGGCUACCUACAAGGAAGUACCGUCCUGGUGAUGAUGGUCCAAAGGUUCCAUUCUUCAGCGAUGAAGAGAAUUCCAGUACACCAAAGGCUGAUGCCCUUUUCAUUCCAAGGGAAAACCCUAGAGCUUUAUUUAUACGCCCAGUUGAAAGGGUAAAAUCAGAACAUCGAAAGGAUGGCCCGGCCCCACUGCAGGAGAAUGGUAAUAAGUCAAAUGGGGUUACUAAUGGGGCCAACCAUGAGAAUAAGAAUAACGGUGAAACUUGUGAGGCUCCUCCGGUUAAAGCCAAUCAGAAACCGAACGGAACACAUGAAAAUCACGGAGGCGACAAAAACGGUUCACACAGUUCACCAAGCGGAACAGAUAUCGAGACAUUGAUGCCGAAGCUGCACCACGCUGAAUAUUUCACAGAGCCUCGGAUCCAAGAACUGGCUACAAAAGAAAGGGUUGAUCCGGGUCAUUGCAAGCGGGUAAAGGACUUUGUUGUUGGGAGACACGGUUACGGGAGUAUAAAGUUUCUGGGAGAGACGGAUGUGUGUAAACUCGACCUGGAAAUGGUGGUUCAGUUCAAAAACCGAGAAGUGAAUGUGUACAUGGACGAGAGCAAGAAACCUCCUGUGGGUCAAGGACUGAAUAAGCCCGCCGUUGUAACUUUGCUGAACAUAAAAUGUAUGGACAAGAAGACCGGUACGCAAGUGAAGGAAGGCGCGAGAUUGGACAAGUACAAGGAAAUGCUGAAGAGGAAAGCUGAGGAACAGGGAGCUAAGUUUGUGUCCUAUGAUGCUGUGAAAGGCGAGUGGACGUUCAAGGUGGAGCAUUUCAGUUCCUACAAGCUUGGAGAAGAAGAUGAUAUGUAGAAAGAUCAUUGUGUAGACUAGUGUCCUGUUUUUUUAUUUUACUUUUUUGGGGUUUGUCUAUUGGUCUGUUUUUGCAAUAUAUAAUGUCAAAAAUGACAUGUCUUUUGCUCUUA